AUGCCCCCCAAGUCUCUUUGCAACCUCUCCCAGACCGCGGACGAGAAUCCAAGCGGCUUCGUUACCGGGGUGUCGGAGAGGGACUUCCUGCCCGCCUCGGAUGGGACCAGCGCCAAGUUCGCGAUCCGCUGCGUGAUCCCGUCCCUCUACCUGCUCAUCAUCACGGUGGGCUUGCUGGGCAACAUCAUGCUGGUGAAGAUCUUCAUCACCAACAGCACCAUGAGGAGCGUCCCCAACAUCUUCAUCUCUAACCUAGCCGCUGGGGACUUGCUCCUGCUGCUCACCUGCGUCCCGGUGGAUGCCUCGCGCUACUUCUUUGACGAGUGGAUGUUUGGGAAGGUGGGAUGCAAACUGAUCCCUGUCAUCCAGCUCACCUCCGUGGGGGUUUCCGUGUUCACUCUCACUGCCCUCAGCGCCGACAGGUACAGAGCCAUUGUCAACCCCAUGGACAUCCAAACGUCCGGGGUGGUGCUGUGGACCUGUGUGAAGGUGGUGGGGAUCUGGGUGAUCUCCGUGCUGCUGGCGGUUCCGGAGGCAGUGUUUUCGGAAGUGACAAGCAUUGAUAGCUUGGAAAACGGCAACUUCACGGCGUGCAUACCCUACCCUCAGACGGACGAAUUACACCCAAAGAUUCAUUCGGUGCUCAUCUUCUUGGUCUAUUUCCUCAUACCACUUGCUAUUAUUAGCGUUUAUUAUUAUCAUAUUGCAAAGACCUUAAUUAAAAGUGCACAUAAUCUUCCCGGAGAAUACAACGAACAUACUAAAAAACGGAUGGAGACACGGAAGCGCCUGGCUAAAAUUGUGCUGGUCUUUGUGGGCUGCUUUGCCUUCUGUUGGUUUCCAAAUCACAUUCUCUACAUGUAUAGGUCUUUCAAUUAUAAUGAGAUUGACCCAUCUCUAGGCCACAUGAUUGUCACCUUAGUCGCCCGUGUUCUGAGCUUUUGCAAUUCUUGUGUCAAUCCAUUUGCUCUUUAUCUACUCAGUGAAAGCUUCAGGAGACAUUUCAAUAGCCAGUUCUGCUGUGGGAGGAAGUCCUAUCAAGAGAGAUCAACCAGCUACCUUCCCAACUCUUCUGCAGUGCGUAUGACAUCUCUGAAAAGCAAUGCUAAGAACAUGAUGACCAAUUCAGUUUUACUAAAUGGGCACAGCAUGAAGCAGGAAGUGGCAUUGUGA